AUGGAAGACCAAAUUGCGGUUGAGGUAGAGAGAAGAUUGAAGAAGAUGAAUAUCGGUGAACAGAAGGUGGCUCAAGUUGAGCCAACUACCCCCGUUGUCUGUGAAAUAUGUAGUGGACCACAUUUUGCUAUGCAUAGUGUGGCAACACAAGAACAGGAUCAACAAGGAAACUUUCAGAAGCAAGGAUCAACCCAGUUCCAAGUUCCAGCUCAGACACAACAGUACAGACCUCCACAACAACAACCUCCGUAUCAACCACAGUUCCAGCACCAUCCACAACAAUUCCAACCUCAAGGUCAACAACAAGUACCAAAGAAAGCGGAUUGGGAAAUUGCUUUUGAAAAGAUGGUCGCUCACAAUUCUCAAUUCCAAGAGGAAACAAGGAGCACUCUUAGGAACACAGGUUCUUCAAUUAAAAAUCUGGAGAUUCAAAUGAGUCAAAUUGCACAACAAAUGACCAAUACUCAACCACAUGGAGCUUUACCAAGUACCACGGAAACACAUGAGAAAAACUCUGAUGAAGAAGAUAUGUUGAUUGAAGUAGAUGUGGAGAUUAAAGAAAAUGAGGUAGUAAGGAAAGAAGUAAUAGGCGAAGAAGGAGUAGUCAAAGAAAAAGUUACUACACCUAAACCAGCGGUGAGACUUCCUUUUCCCACAAGGAAUAGGAAGAAAGAACAACAUGAGAAGAACUUCGAGAAGUUUCUAGAGAUGUUCAAGAAACUUGAGCUGAAUAUUCCAUUCUUAGAGGCACUGGAGCAAAUGCCUACAUAUGAGAAAUUCAUGAAGGAUAUUAUUUCAAAGAAACGAACAAUCGACAGUGACCCGAUUAUUCUAAAUGAAACAUGUAGUGCUAUUUUGCAGGGGAUGAAGAUUCCAGUAAAAAAAAGAGAUCGAGGAUCGGUAACGAUUCCAUGCACAAUUGGUGAUAGAUCCUUCAAGAAAGCUCUGAUCGAUUUGGGGGCAAGUGUGAGUCUUAUGCCUUUAUCCAUCUACAAAAGAUUGGGAAUAGGUAAAGUUCAAGACACUCGUAUGACACUUCAAUUUGCUGACCAAUCCGUUAAAAGACCUUACGGAGUGGUAGAAGAUGUGUUGGUGAAAAUCGACAAGUUCGUGUUCCCGGUAGACUUUGUUGUUUUAGAGAUGCCCGAAGACGAAGAGAUACCAAUCAUUUUGGGAAGACCUUUUCUGGAAACCGGAAGAUGCUUGAUCGACAUAGAAGAGGGUACUAUGACUUUGAAAGUUUAUGAUGAAGAGUUGAAGAUUGAUGUGCGAAACACGAUGAAGUAUAAGGAUGAUGUUGCCACGAGUCAACACAUUGAGCUACCUUUGGAAAGAGUUUUGAGUCUAUCAAUCUUCGAAGAGAAGGAAAUCAUUGAUGAAAAGGACAGUGAAGUCUUAGCCAUGAUGGAAACGUCAUUUGUCAAAAAUUCUCGCCACAACCGAUGGGAAGAUUUAAGGCAACCAUUAGUGGAAGGAAGUAAAGACGAACAAAAGAAGGGGGCUGAACUAAAGCAAUUACCAGAGAACCUCAAAUAUGUCUUUUUAGACACUGAAAUUGGGGCGGUUCUAGGACAACGUAGAGAAAAGCUAUUACAUGUUAUUUACUACGCAAGUCAUGUGCUAAACCCUGCACAGAUGAACUAUGCAACUACUGAGAAAGAGUUGCUAGCGGAUUCUAAACCAAGGUUGCUAAGAUGGAUCUUGCUCCUUCAGGAGUUUUAUGUGGAGAUCCGUGACAAGAAAGGGUCUGAAAACACUGUAGCCGACCACUUGUCUCGCAUGUCACCUAUUGAAGAAACUGAAGAGACGCGCCCAAUAAAGGAUGAGUUCUACUUGUGGGAUGAUCCAUUUUUAUACAAGAAGGGUCUCGAUGGAUUAAUAAGAAGAUGUGUACCCGAGGAGGAACAAAGAGACGUGCUUAAAGCAUGCCACGACUCUAAAUAUGGCGGACAUUUCAGCGGUGACAGAACAGCGGCAAAAGUCUUACAAUCUGGUUUAUAUUGGCCCACGUUAUUCAAAGACGCCCAAAGUAUUGUGAAAGAAUGCGACAGGUGUCAGAGAACGGGGAAUAUUUCAAAAAGGAAUCAGAUGCCUCAGAAGGGUAUACUGGAGGUGGAAUUGUUUGAUGUGUGGGGGAUUGAUUUCAUGGGACCUUUCCCACCAUCAUUUGGGAAGAACUACAUUCUUGUAGCGGUGGAUUAUGUUUCUAAGUGGGUAGAAGCAGUAGCGUUACCCACAAAUGACGCCAAAGUGGUAGUGAACUUCCUAAAGAACAAUAUUUUCUCAAGAUUUGGGGUUCCCAGAGCACUCAUAAGCGACGAAGGCACCCAUUUCUUGAACAAGUUGAUGGAGAAUUUGCUGAAGAAGUACAAUGUUAAGCGCAAGAUUGCAACUGCUUAUCAUCCUCAGACCAGUGGGCAAGUAGAGGUUUCGAACAGACAAAUCAAGCAGAUUCUCGAAAAGACUGUCAGUGCUUCGAGAAAGGAUUGGUCUCUUAAGCUUGAAGAUGCACUAUGGGCAUAA